UGUUCAGAUUUGUCUUCCCCCCGACUGUGAGCGCAGUGACGCAGUCGUGGUAGGCAAAAGCAGAAAACUCCCUGUCCAUUCAGGAAUACACCACUCUGUACUGGUUCAUCUUUCCCUCGGAAUGAACUUACUCGCUUUUGUAACAGCUGAGUUUUUCCAGGGAAAUGAAAAAAAUCUGUUUAGUUUGCCCAAUUCGUGUGAACUUGCGAGCCGUAGGAGUACUGGCCGCUGUCUUGACUUCUCUUUUUGUGCAAAGGUGCAACUCUGCUGCUGAUGAAGAUGCGGCUCUGGACCAAACCCAAAUUUCCGAAUUAUACACUAAAGGUAUAUUCAUUCUUGAAAGUGAACACCUUAACAGGUGUAUCAGAGCUGACAAAACAAAGCUUACUUUGGAGAAUUGUGAUCAGCCGUCCAGGCACAUGCUUUGGAAAUGGGUUUCUCGCCAUCGCCUCUUCAACAUUGGUAGCAGCAUGUGCCUUGGGCUCAACACUGCCACCCUACAGCAGCCGCUGAGCAUGUUUAAAUGUGAUUCUACCCUGAAAACCCUGUGGUGGCGCUGCAGUGGCAACACAUUAUUUGGAGCCGCUCAGUUAAAACUAACUGGCAAAGGAAGACUUGUUGUAGCAACAAAGCAAAGAGUUUCAUCCCAGCGAUGGAAGAGAUAUUUGACAUCUGGGGAAGGACCAUGUGCUCAUCCUUAUGAAGAAAUUCACACAGUGCAGGGAAACGCCCGUGGCAUGCCAUGUGUUUUGCCUUUUAAAUAUAAUAACAAAUGGUACUCUGAGUGCACAACCGAAGGGAGAGAAGAUAACUAUCGCUGGUGCGCCACAACUAGUUUGUAUGAUCAAGACGAAAAAUGGGGAUUUUGUCCAAAUCCAGGGACAGACUGUGAUGUUUUUUGGGAGGAGUAUCCAGAUACAAAAGCUUGUUAUCAAUUCAAUCUUCAGUCCAUACUGUCCUGGAACGAGGCACACGCUUCAUGCCAAGCACAGGACGGGAACUUAUUAAGCAUAACUGACCUUACAGAACAAAGAUACAUUAGUGAACGAUUGAAUGAUGUAGGAGUUCUGGUCUGGACCGGUCUGAAUCACCUUGAUGAAUCUGCUGGAUGGCAGUGGUCUGAUGGGGCACCUCUGGCAUUGGUGAACCUAACAAGAAGCUUGUCUCCACUGUCUGCGCUGGCCAGCACUCACUGUGGAGUGUUUAACUCAGCAGUAGGGAACGAGUGGCAGAACUUAGACUGUGGUUCUGGACUGCCCUUUAUCUGUAAGAAAUACCCAAACUUUACAAGAAGAGCAGAACCUUUUGAUACAUGGCAGUACUAUCCUACAGUGUGCUCCCCUGGCUGGUUUCCUCACAACAAGUUUUGCUACAAACUUCAGAGCCAGGAACAAAGCUGGAAAGAUUCUGUAACUGCUUGUCGUUCCAGUAAUGCUGACCUGAUAAGCGUGCACUCUUUAGCAGAUGUGGAGUUGCUUCUUACUCUUUUUCAGAACGUUUCAGAUACUGUAUCAGGAGCCUGGAUUGGGUUAACCAACACAACUCGGGGGUCAUUUGAAUGGUCUGAUGGUUCUCCAGUGACUUUUACAUACUGGCACAAAUAUGAACCAAAUGUCAGUUACGUUGCAGGUCCUCUCUGUGUUAGGGUUACAACUGACAGUACCUGGCAAGUGAAAAUGUGUGAUGAAAGUCUACCUUCGGUCUGUAAAAAGCCUGGAAACCUUGAGGAACAAAAGUCUGGCUUUGGAGAUAAAGGUUGUUCUGAGGGUUGGAAGCGGAGAGGUCAUUUUUGUUAUAAGAUUACUGGUCACCUUCAGAACUAUGAGGAUGCUUCCCAGGGCUAUUACUGUAACUCUCCACUGCUGACUGUGGAAAACAGGUUUGAGCAGGCUUUCAUUAACAGCCUGAUACAGAACGUCACAAAUGGUGGCAGUCUUUACUUUUGGACUGCUCUUCAGGACAGAAACAGAACAGGAGAGUACAGCUGGCUGACGCAGAAAGGAUCCUUUCAGCUUGUUCACUAUACAAAUUGGAACAAAUAUCAGCCAGCUAGCUCAGGCGGUUGUGUUGCAAUUUCUGGAGGGAAAUACCUCGGCCGCUGGGAAGUGAAGGACUGCAACACUUUCCGAGCAAUGUCAAUAUGCAAACAAGCUAUAAGCUCGUACAAAGAAACAGAGUCCUCUGACAUUAACAUUAACCAAGAAGCUUCAUGUGCACCUGGAUGGGAGUCAAAACCUGAGUUACUUCAUUGUUACAAGGUAUUUCACAGUGAGAAGGUACUGAUGAAACGAUCAUGGGAAGAUGCAGACUUCUUUUGUCAGGCUCUUGGAUCCAAUCUUGUCAGUUUUAGCCAUUACGAGGAGGAAAACUUUUUGAAUGGAAUUUUGCAGAACAUGUUUGAUAGCAGUGAGGAGCGUUUGUUCUGGGCUGGGUUUAACAAAAGAAACCCUUUGUCUGGCGCUGCAUGGGAGUGGUCUGAUGGCACUGCUGUUGUGUCUUCAUUUAUAGAGGACAGAAAUAGUGAAGAUGAUCAGAUAAACUGUGGGGCUUAUAAACCUGGUAAUUUGAUAAUACCACUACGAUGUGAUGCAAAACUUGAGUGGAUCUGUAAAAUGCCUAAAGGUGCAGAGCUGAAGGGACUAUACUGGUAUACUGAACAAAACGAGCCGUGGGUCUUCUAUCGAGGAUCAGAGUACUUGUUUCAUAAGGUUUCAUUUCCUUGGAAUGCUGUUUCCUUUGCUUGCAAAAUGUUAGGAGCUGAUUUAGUGUCAAUACAUUCUUCCGAUCAGCUGGACUUCAUUCAAAGCAGAAUAGAAAAGUUGUUUCAAAACGAAGUAAACUGGUGGAUUGGAUUGUUUGCAGAAUACAGCAACACAGAACUUAGCUGGAUGGAUGGAUCAGCCAUUGAUUACGAGAAUUGGGAAGGAACAAAUUCCAGACGCUCGGAAGAGAAGAAUGAAAGAUGUGUCUAUAUGUCAUCACAGACAGGCAGAUGGUCUGAGGGCAAAUGCAACGGUCAUCAUCCUUAUAUCUGCGAGCGUAAAACAGUUUCUGUUGUUGAAAUUCCAAGAGAACCUCACCUCAUAGGAGGCUGUCCAGAACGAUGGCUCUAUUUUGGACACAAGUGUUUUCUGAUGCAUGUACCAAACAAUCCCAAAGAUUUAAAAAACUGGAAUGAUGCCCAGGCUUUCUGCAAAUCGCAUGAAGGAUCACUUGUUUCAGUUGAAAAUGAAAUAGAGCAAGCCUAUUUAACAAUGCUGCUGUUGGGAAGUCAAACAAGUGUCUGGAUUGGUCUGCAAAAUGACGACCGGCAAAAAUGGGUGAAUGGAAAACCUGUCACUUAUGCAAACUGGUCACCCAUCGAACCAGAGAAUUCAUUUUCUGAUGGAGAUGAUUUGAAUGCCAGUAAUGCUCAACAAGAUGACCCGCUCUGUACUUUGCUGUCAAACAAUCAUAACUAUCAUUUAACUGGGAAAUGGUACAAUGAGAAGUGUAUGGAGAAUGGGUAUGGAUUUAUAUGUCAAAAACAACAAGACCCAUCUAAGCCUCCGUCACAUCAAUCGUUUUUUCAUCCUCUUCCUGAUACCAUUGAAUACGGGAACCGCAGUUACAGAAUUAUUCAUGGGAACAUGACCUGGUACGAAGCCCUGAAUAAAUGCUUAGAAAAUGAAACUGAACUAGUGAGCAUAACUGAUGAGUUCCACCAGGCUUUCCUUACAGUCGUUGUGAAUAGAUUGGACUACGCACACUGGAUUGGACUUUAUAGCCAAGAUCAGGAUGGAAUUAACUAUCAAUGGUCAGAUGGCAGUGAUGCCUUUUUUACCCACUGGGAUGAUGCGGAUGAGGUACAUUUACUUGGUGACUGUGUGUAUAUGGACAUCAAUGGUAACUGGAAAAGCGCUGACUGUGAAACACCACUCCAAGGAGCUGUGUGCCAUGUGCCUCCUGAAAGUAAACCAAUUUUCUACAAAGGGGAAUGUCCAAAAACAUGGUUAAAGUUUCAAAACAGUUGCUACAGUUUUGAGCCUGUUAUAAAGAGGCUGGAUUUGGAAGAAUCGCGUGAAUAUUGCAAACUGAAAGCAAACAUGUCAGAUGUAUUGACAACUAAAGAUGAAGAAGAGCACAGGUUUGUUUUAGAGGAACUACAAGCCUUUGGACCUUCUCAUCAGACUAUCUGGCUUGGCAUCAUAUUUGACACUGACAAUGACACAUUGGAGUGGGUUGACGGCUCACCUAUCAAGUAUUCUAACUGGUUCUUCAAAGCACCACAUACAGAUCCUCUUACUAUUGAUAGUUGCGUUUCAAUGAGGCUUUCAGAUGGCAGCUGGCAUUUGUCUCACUGUGAGGAAAAGCUAGGAUUCAUUUGUAAAAUACAUGGAGAGAUAAGUAGCGAUGUAGAGGUGGAACCCAUCCGAGCGUCUCCUCAAGGAAUGAUACCUGUUGCUGUCUCAGUGGCUGCUGUGAUUUUUGCCGUGCUGGUAACAUCUCUUUGGUGUCUGUAUAAAAGGAAUCCAGCAAGCUUCAGACGGCUUUCAUCUUUUGGAAAUGUGUACUACAGACAAGCAAGUUCAGAGGCUGCGGAUUCAGAAGGAAAUAUUCUAAUUACAGAUCUUGAUGUGAAUACUGUCAAUUAAAAUCUCAUUGAGCAGUCAUGAAAUUGCAACCUGUAAAUCAAACUGUGUCACAGCAGAUAGCAGGAUCAAGCAGGGCAGUGGGUUACAUGUUAUAUUUGAGGAGCCAGUCACCAAAAAGCAUAGAUCCUGAUCUGCACAAUCCUGGAAGAACAGCUGAGAUCCAAAGAAACAGGUAUUAAUAAUGUGGAAGAUAUUCAUUUAUACUGCAUAAGCACAGAAAGGCUAAAAGCCGAUAGCAUCUGAAAUUAAGUUUUAGAUUGAAAAAAGGGUCCAAUUUUAUUCUUACUGUCUUCAAACAAUGAAUACAGCAUUUGUUUUUUUGAAACUUCGAAAGUAUUCAUCAUGAUUUAUUGUCUAUAAAACAUGGUACUAAACUUAAAUCGAUAUAACAUGAUUUUAUAAAUGUAUAUUAUUAUUAUUAUUAUUAUUAUUAUUAUUAUUAUUAUUAUAAACUAUUCAGAUGGCUAAAUGACUAAUUGCUACAUUGGAGUAAUAGCUUUUUGUCUUGAACUCAAAAACCUCAAAGACCUCAUUGCAAUAAACAAGUAAAAACGAA